ACACCGACGACCACACCGACAUACCUCAUCACCUCCAUCGAAUUCAACCCCCGCGAUCAUCCGAAAACGACCCGCCGUUUGCGUUGCGACAGUGAAAACUGAUCGCAUCCGCCACAUCUCGAACUUGAAUGGAGACGGAACCAUCUAGGCUGCAGCUUUGCACAGUCUGAGUCAUGCUCUCCAGUAACAUGCAGAGCGUCUUUCGCCUACCAUGGUCCAACGAUGCCUUGAAGUUGGGAGAGAAAUCCGGCUGCGACAAGAUGCGCUCCAAUCCAAUCAUGAGCAUGCCCAUGUUGAAGAGGAAGCGAUCAGAUAGUGUGGAUCCUCUGUCGCCGUACAACUCACCCCAUUUCAAGAAGGCUCGGCCAGAUGGGAAUGUCAACGUCGGGCAAGUACUUAACUCACCCGCGCCUGCACCUGCACCUUCACCGGUUGCAAGCGAGCGCAAGGUUGAGCAGUCAAGUGUCUUGCCUCCAUCGUGGUCCGCACAACCUGCUUCGCCUGUACCUCCUAUUGUCAAUGCGCCGACCCAACCUGCGCAGGCCACCGGUGGCGCGGCGCAAACAGACAUCAAUAUCAAGCAAACUUCGGACAAGCCUCUUUCACGAUUCGGUCAAGACUAUGCGCUCAAGCCGAUGCCCGGGUUGUCGCCGCCUGUCAUGGCUGCGGACAAUGCCUCCACGCCGGAUCUCACCAACAGCCUCACACCACUCCAGCAGGUCAUCGAGAACGAACUCAACAUGCAGAUUUUGAUGAAGCACAAUGAGCUACGAUUGGUGGAACAAGAGCUGGCGAAGUGUCAAGUGGCUUUGGAACAAUUGCGGAGAUGUGAGCUACGACCAUAUCCUGGUGUUCACAGGCCUUCAUUGACGGUCACUACUGGUCUGGGACCGUCUGUUGCGCCUCCACUUGGACACUCUCGACCACCUUAUCCUGCGCCGCAUGGAGUCAUCGAUGGACCAUACUCGCAUCAUUACCGAAAAUGGCUGCUACGUGACCCUCUUUUCGAUGCCAUGUCUCCUGCACAGAUCUCUGCGCAGGCGGAAACGAUGGCCGCGCCUGCAGCUCGUCCCGGACGACCCUCCGGUCAUCAAUCGAGAAAGUCGACAAGCAAGCCAUACGCAUCCACUCGCUCCGAAUCUCUACACAGCAUUCCAAACUACCCGAGUGCUGCCGGCAAGGACAAAUCGACUCCUAUGGUGCUGCGGAGAUCCACGGAUGGCCAGCUUGUCAAGUUGAUCUGCAAGAACUGCCAUCGGGGGAACUUCUCCAGCAUUCAAGGCUUUCUGAACCACUGCCGCAUAGCACACAAGGUGGAUUACAAGUCGCAUGACCAGGCUGCCGUGGACUGCGGGCAGCUCCUCGAUCAGACCGAAGUCGCCAAUCUGCCGCUUGAGACUCAAACAGCACCUGUUCCGAAGCCACCGUCGACGAGAAACUCUGUCUCUCACGCUGCGCCUCCCGUCCGCGCUGUCUCCAGCUUUGUGCAUCCACUCAACACCGGCAACACACCUGUGGCCACUCCCCGCGCUGCACCUCGGCCGAAGCAGGUCUCCGCUCCCAGUCUGGUUACGCAAGCUCCGCAGAAGACAAACCCCACUCCAUUCAAGCCAUCGACCGAUGUUCCUCGAUUGUCCGCCCACUUUGCCAAACACAACUUUGGCGGGAACCUUGAGAAACUGACAGCCGAUGCGAAACAAAAAGUCGAUCUCACCAUGGAGGACGAUAUUCAAUCUCCCGAUACACCCGAAUUCAACUCUUUCACCUUCCCAGGACCCGGGCGCACCAUGGCACCAGCAUCACGACCUUCAACCGAGGACUCCAACGAUCCAACCCGCCCUCCAAGCCGCAAAGGCCACCGUCAAAUCCUGCAACGCCCCCGCCCCUCACCUCUCGCGCCCCACAGCCCAACCGACUUCCUCUCCUCGCCUCAAGAGCCCGGCUCCGCAUCCCUUAGCCCUCACGCAGCAGACAGCAACCCCGGCCUCAUCAGCGACGACGAAGACGAUCACAAUUCUGGUUCCGACGAAGAGGCUCCUCACCCAUCCAUUAUCGCUCCGCACCGGCACCCGGCGCAGGUGGAGGUCGGAGGUGCUGAGAAUCGAUUCUGCGCGGACAAUUCUAUGGAGAUUGAUGUGGAGGAGGGAGAUGAGAUUGAUCAGCAUGGAGUGAUUAUCCGGAGGAACAGUAUGGGUGCUGCCGAGGCGAGGGGAGGUAGGGAGGAGAAGAAGUGA